AUGAGUAUUUCUCAAUCGCUUCGGUGUGCACAAUUAUGUGCUUUUAUUCGUAUGCCAAUUAAUGGCAGUAUACCUGUAGACGAUGCAUGUGAAUUUAUUACACGAAGCAAUUCCCAGUGUUCAGUAUUUGUGGAAAUUAAUCAUGAAAAACGUGAAGCUACAGGUCGUUUAGGUAUGGAAACAUGCAGUGAAACUUCUAUACGUCGUGUAGACACUAUAGUUAAAUUAGACUUUUCAUUAUUGUCAAUUAUCCGAUAUACGUGUAAGAAAAAUGAUUGUGAUAUCGAGUUUCUUAACAAUUUAUUAGAACGUGCUCGUAAUAUACCUUUAGUGAAUAGAAACUUAACUGAAGAAAAUAUAGGUGACUUAAUUUACAACACAACACUUGGUACAUCUCCUACCAGUUGCAAUAGUAGUGCACCGCCGUGUUCAGCUAAUGAAAUUUGUGAAGGACAAUUUGAUAUCGAAGAUAUUUCGAAUGAUAUUUCUAUUAAUCGAUAUAGCAAAACUAUGGGUCUAAUAACACUCAAACGAUUAAAAUGA